CUUAGAGAACUAGCAGAAUAAAUUAACAUUCGAGUAAAAUAAGAAAUACCUUUAAAUCGUAGUAUAUUUCGACUUUUGAAUUAUUAUUAUCAUUUGAAUUAUUAUUCAACAGCAAAAAUGUCUACGGCAAUAUUAUUACGUACGCUUUCAGGACCAUUGAGAAAUUUGGGUCGUCUUAAAGCCGGAAGUGUCUGGACUAUAACUAGGGAAGCUCACAAUAAGAGCAAAAGCCCUCUGGCUCAGUAUGGUGGAAGAUUUACAGUAACAAUGCUUCCAGGUGAUGGAAUUGGCCCUGAGAUGAUGAAUUAUGUCAAAGAAGUUUUUCGCUAUGCUGGAGUCCCAGUAGAUUUUGAAGAGAUUCACUUUGAUCCAAACUCUGAAUCAGAGGUGGAUUUCUUUGAUGCCAUUACUUCAAUCAAACGAAAUGGAGUUGCCAUCAAAGGAAAUAUUGAAACAAGAGAAAACAGGCCAGGGCAAAUCUCUCGUAAUGUUGAGCUUCGCAAUGAGCUAGAUCUUUUUGCAUACAUAAUGAACUGCAAAUCCUUUCCUGGAAUUCAAACUAGGCAUAAAGAUAUUGAUAUUGUCCUUAUUAGACAGAACACAGAAGGAGAGUAUGCAAUGCUGGAGCAUGAGAACGCGCCUGGUGUUGUCGAAAGCUUGAAGAUAGUUACGCGUGCAAAUUCAGAAAGACUCGCCCGCUAUGCUUUCGAUCUUGCUCAAAAGCAAGGAAGAAAGAAAGUUACUACCGUACAUAAGGCUAAUAUUAUGAAAGUCUCGGAUGGCCUUUUCUUAGAAACGUGCACUGAAGUAGCAAAAGAGUAUCCAAAUAUUGAGCAUAAUAACAUGAUUAUUGAUAACUGUUGCAUGCAAAUGGUGGCUAAACCCCAGCAAUUUGAUGUUAUGAUCAUGACCAAUCUCUAUGGCAAUAUUGUUUCGAAUCUCGCAUGCGGUCUCAUCGGUGGCCCUGGUUUACUGAGCGGAAGAAAUAUGGGCCCUCAGUAUGCUGUCUUUGAACCGGGAACCAGAAACACUGGACAAUCCAUUGCCGGAAAAAAUAUUGCCAAUCCUAUUGCAAUGUUGAACGCUUCGGUAGAUUUGCUUGACCAUUUGGGACUAGAUUACCAUGCCCAAAUGGUAGGAAGUGCUGUUAAUAAAACAGUGAACGAUGACCGUAUAUGGACCCCAGAUCUUCACGGCCAAGCAACAAGUAUAGAUGUCGUUCAGAAUGUUAUCCGUAACAUCCAAGAACAAACAAAAACGAAGAAUUGGGCUGCAAUGUAGAGUGAGAUUUUCCUGAUACCGCAGUUGGAGUCAUCAGCAUCGUUGAAGUUUGUAGUCAGUCUUCAAUUUAAUUACACUUGUUAUGUUUUUGACAUGUGUAUUUGAGCUUCUGGCCGAAAAAGAAGCCAAUACAAAAUUAAACGUAAUAAAGAUCGAAUAUCCUUUUCCGACUUUUUGCCAUAUGGAUCGGGGUGGGGCAAACUUUUACUUGAAAUCAAGCAGUAUGGUAAAAAUGGGUAUGUGAUGAACAACAACUGAACCAGAGAAAUAGUGAAUGGAGUAUUCCAACCAUGCUUUUAGAGAUAGUAUCAAUGGGUUAAACUACGGCUCAAAUAACACGCUCGGCUUGAACUUCGAGGCUUGUUUGGAUGAAAACAUUAGACAUCAGGCAAUGGAUUAGGCUUGGCAUUAUCCAUUUUCUCGGCAACUUGUUCUGCUUUUUCCAGGUACUGAGAUACACUUUGUCUGAUGGUCUCCAUUAACUGCUUGACUUGACCGAAGCUUGCAUACUAACAACAACAAAAUUAAAUAGUUAAUAAUAGUUGUUAAUCUUUGGAUACACUUACCGUAUAAAUUAUGUAUGCCGUUGCUAAAACAGCCAAUAGCAACAACAUGUAACGGAUGAUAUUGGGCUUAACAGGGGGGGACCCCGAAUGGGAAGGUAGUGGCUUGGCUGCGCUGCCAUCGGUCACAUCUACAAGGCGCCGAGACUCGUAAGUAUAUUGAGAAGAGCUAGAGACAGAUCGAAUGCUCGGUCUUGGUGUUGGCGUACCCUUAACGUAAACAAAUAAAUUUAGUUCUUUUGUCUUAA